GGCUAUUUCUGCUGUCUGUCGCUAUCGGACUUCAGCUCAAACAGUAUGACACAUGGGAUAGUUUUUUUUUUUCUUUAUUUCCCCAUCUCUCCUGCUCUUUCCAGCUUUUACACUCUCUCUCUCUCUCUCUCUCUUUCUCUCUCUCUCUCUCUCUCUCCUUGAAGUUUGUGGGUUGAACUUUUAAGCUCCCUGGCAGCGAUUCACUGGUAGCUGUGAAACGAAACGCAGCCUCUGUCUGUGAGUAAGGGAAAGAGAGAAAGAAAGGAAAGAGGGUGGAUGAGCAAGACAGAGAAAGGGAGAGCAAAAGGGGAUCAGACACACUAAACAGAAGGCGAGACAGAUCCAGCAAGAGCUGGACAGAGACAGAUCAAGGCAGAAAGGAGAAUGUCUCACCGGCUUCGGCUGUAUUUUGGAUCGGGUCGCAGUAACACUGCACCGGAGUUGGAGCAGCUAAAUGGGACAGUGGAGGACGGAGAUGAGAUUGGCUACAGCGGCGCCGGGGCUAUGAUGUUCCAUACGCAAACUCAAAACGGAGGACUUUCAGAGAGCCCAGAAUCGGGUGCUUGUUCGGAUGCCUCUCUAAAGCGAAGCUCUUCCAUGUUCAUCCCACAGCUCCAGGGUCAAACUGAACCACGGAUGACCAAGAGCACCUCUGUCCAGAUAUCCCUUCAACGCUCAACUGCACCUCAAGAAGAUUCAUUGCCCUCUGAUCCACCUCCAGGGUACCCUCAGGAGCCAGCUCCUGCAUACACUGAGACUGGUGAAAGCUGGCUUUUACCUCCACCUCCAGCCUACCACAGAGGAGAUGCCCCAUCCUACCAAAGUCUGGAAACAGGUACUGAGCCUAUCCAGCCUAACAGGCAAGUGUUUUGCGUCCGGCCGUGUGAUGGACAAAAUGGCUAUGCUAGUUUGGGAGUACCCAGUAAUCAAGGGAUUACCAUUGGAGGUGUCUGUAUUCGAAGAAGGUCCGCAGAUGGCUCGGAUGUCCAGCAGUUCAGGAUCAUGCCAUACAGUGAGAAUGGCCAGAAUGGCCACCAUUGGUCUGUCCAGCAAAGCUCAGACAGAGGUCCUGGAACUCAAAGACUCGUCUUCCAGCUUCAACAGGACCAAGGAAGACACCUUAGCCCUACUCAGGCUGACGUGAGUGAUUUGGGCAUAACGGGUACUAAAGGCAGCCGCUUGGUGCGGUACCCUCGGAUCCGACUUGAGAGGAGCACUUCACAGCCGUUAUAUCCCAGAGGCCUUCCUUCCCGUCUCGGAUCUAUGCCAAAUCUUCAUGCCCCGAUCUCAGAAAUGGAGACUGAGAGUGAGAUAGUUGAGAACAGUGCUCAAGGUUGCACAUUCAAAAUUAAGAAGGAACAGAACUCCCAACAGCCCAAGUUUAAGAUCUAUUUCAGUCAGGGAGGCGAGCACAGCCCCAUCCUUGCACGGGAUAUUAGCUUUGGAAAAGUGCCUACCUACAACAAUCCACAGACCAGAGAUGACUUCCUCGGGCAGGUGGACGUGCCUCUUAGUCAUUUACCGACAGAGGACCCUGCGAUGGAGCGGCCGUACACAUUUAAAGACUUUCUCCUGCGGCCAAGAAGUCAUAAGUCUCGGGUGAAAGGCUACUUGAGGCUGAAGAUGGCCUAUCUGCCAAAAAACGGAGGGCAUGAGGAGGAAAGCAGUGAGAUGAGAGAAGAAGCUGAGGGCUGGGAAGUGUCAGACUCCACGGAUCCAGGUUCACAGAGACCUCAGCAGCUCCUGCCUCCGCUGCCCCUGGGCUGGGAAGAGAAGGUGGAUAACCUGGGACGGACAUACUAUGUCAACCACAACAACCGCACCACACAGUGGAAGAGGCCCAGUAGUGUGGAUGUGGUUUCAGAAACGGAAAAUGAUAAUAACUUGCGGCAGAUUAACCAGGAAGCCCACAGAGUUUUCCGCUCUCGACGGCACAUUAGUGAAGACCUGGAAAAUGAGCAGCUGGACAUCAGGGACAUAGACGACUCAUGGGAACCCAUAUCAGAAGAGGACCCAACUUUAAUGACGGACGGUCUGAACCAUUCUCUGUCCGGACCGGCCUCUCUGGCGAUGCCCCUUUCCAGCACUCCAGAAUUCUCGGAUGAAAUCAGCCUUAGAUUGUCUCUCGCUCCAGACACGAACGGAGAAAUCCCAGGACCCAGCUCUGCUGUGCAGAGUCAUCUUUCCUCUCGGCUACGCUCCUCUAGUAUGACCGAUGGAGUCAGUGAUCAAGCUCAACCUCCCACGCCAACGUCUCCAUCGGCCUCCUACGCCCUGACCACACCAGGCCUUCCGCCAGGCUGGGAGGAACGCAAAGACAACAAGGGACGGACAUACUACGUCAACCACAACAACCGGAGCACCACCUGGACGCGGCCCAUUCUGCAGCACACUGAAGAUGGAGCCAGUGCCUCAGCUGCGGCAGUAGGGGGCGCUACAGCAGCCACGCCCCCCGCUUCCACCCCUUCCUCCUCCAGCGGCCAUCUAAGCGAACCACAAGUGCGCAGACCUCGUAGCCUCAGUUCCCCCACCGUCACCCUCUCUUCCCCACUAGAGGGAGCCAAUAACGCCCAAAUACGGAGAGCUGUAAAGGACACGUUUUCCAACCCUCAGUCCCCCCAGCCUUCUCCCUACAGCUCACCCAAAUCCCAGCAUAAAGCAAACCAGAGCUUCCUGCCCCCUGGAUGGGAAAUGAGAAUAGCACCCAAUGGACGGCCGUUCUUCAUCGACCACAACAGCAGAAUCACCACAUGGGAAGAUCCUCGCUUAAAGUAUCCCGUUCACAUGAGGACAAAAGCAUCCUUGGAACCUGGUGACCUCGGCCCACUUCCUCCUGGGUGGGAGGAACGAGUGCAUGCAGACGGAAGAACCUUUUACAUCGACCAUAACACCAAAAAAACACAGUGGGAGGACCCUCGGCUCCAGAGUCCUGCCAUAACUGGACCUGCGGUGCCAUAUUCCAGAGAAUUCAAGCAGAAGUAUGAUUACUUCAGAAAGAAGUUAAAGAAGCCGGCCGAUAUUCCAAACCGUUUUGAGAUGAAGCUACACAGGAAUAACAUCUUUGAGGAGUCUUACAGACGAAUCAUGUCCCUGAAGAGACCCGACAGUCUGAAGGCUCGUCUGUGGAUCGAGUUCGAAUCAGAGAAAGGCCUGGAUUAUGGGGGCGUGGCCAGAGAAUGGUUCUUCCUGCUCUCCAAGGAGAUGUUUAACCCUUAUUAUGGGCUGUUUGAGUACUCAGCCACAGAUAACUACACCCUUCAGAUCAAUCCAAACUCCGGCCUCUGUAAUGAGGAUCACCUCUCAUACUUCAAGUUCAUCGGUCGAGUGGCUGGCAUGGCUGUGUAUCACGGAAAGCUGUUAGACGGUUUCUUCAUUCGACCAUUCUAUAAAAUGAUGCUGGGAAAACACAUCACACUGAAUGAUAUGGAGUCAGUGGACAGUGAAUACUACAACUCUCUCAAGUGGAUUCUGGAAAACGACCCCACAGAACUGGACUUGCGGUUCUGCAUUGAUGAGGACAACUUUGGACAGACCUAUCAGGUGGAUUUGAAGCCAAGCGGAUCAGAUAUGGUUGUAACCAAUGACAACAAAAAAGAAUACAUAGACUUGGUGAUUCAGUGGCGGUUUGUGAACCGGGUCCAGAAACAGAUGAACGCCUUUUUGGAGGGCUUCACUGAACUCAUUCCCAUCGACUUGAUAAAGAUUUUUGACGAAAACGAACUGGAGCUGCUGAUGUGUGGUCUGGGAGAUGUGGACGUCAAUGACUGGAGGCAGCACACCAUCUAUAAGAAUGGCUACUGUCCUAAUCACCCUGUGAUCCAGUGGUUCUGGAAGGCUGUAUUGUUAAUGGAUGCUGAAAAGCGGAUCAGACUUUUGCAGUUCGUCACCGGAACAUCCAGAGUGCCAAUGAACGGUUUCGCUGAACUCUACGGUUCCAAUGGGCCGCAGUUGUUUACUAUCGAGCAGUGGGGGACACCUGACAAACUCCCUCGUGCUCACACCUGCUUCAAUCGCCUGGACCUCCCGACGUACGAGUCGUUUGAAGACCUGCGAGAGAAGCUUCUGAUGGCGGUGGAAAACGCCCAAGGCUUCGAGGGCGUCGACUAAAGAAAUCCCUUUAUAUCCAUGCGAUCUCCAAACGCAACCGACGAGCAAAGACAUGUACAAAACACUCGCACACACGUCUAUACUCACAUUUACACACUCUCGAGUUGCCAUUGUACAGCCAGACCCCAGCAGUCGCAGGUGUGUGAUGUCAGCACAGUAUAUGCAUGUAAUCUGUCUAGCUGGAACGACAUUGGCUGUGAACCGUUUUGAUGCCAAACAGCCCUGCAGUUUCCCACAAAUCAUGCUCUCUCCUAAUGUUUUUUUUCAAAAUCCAGCUCUGAGGCCGUGGCGACUUUUAUAUUGAUAGUAAAGAAAUUUCAGUAUUUGGGUGUGGCCUCAGAGUGGGCGUGGCCUUGAUAUUCCACCGCUAACAAUCCCAUUGAUUCCACAAACAUAGUAUAAGUUUAGUGAAGAGGCAACUCUUAUCAGGUCUUACCGACACCAGAUUACCUUAGGAAUCACAGCCAGGAUGAAGGACACAUCCUCAUCCUCAUCCUCCCUUAUCCCACAAAAUACGCCAAGUUUCCCUUUCCUUCCUUCCUUCCUUCGUCGAGGAUUAUUUUUUUAUCUUCUUUUGCAAUGCCAAGAAGCAACGGGAAUUGUUUUUAAUAGUUUAUUAUUAUCGCUGUUAUUGUCAUUCUUACAGAGUAAAUGGAUUAUUUGUACCAACAAUGUGGUUUACUAUUUUAAACAACGUUAUCGGAAAUGCAUCAGUGGCCUGGCUAAUAUUCAACUCAAUAUCCAUAUCAUUUGUGGGUAAAAAAAAAAAAGAAAAAAAAAAAAAACAAGCAAAAAAAAGAUUAUUGUAUUGCUAUGAAAACUGGCAUGAACAUGUAUCUUGUGUUUCAAUAUGAUUACGUAGUAAUUAUAAAGCUAUUCUCCUUCUUGGUUGAGAGCAAGGAUGGAAAACGUCGACAUGCAUCGGACAUGAGUUUGUCGGAGAGGGUUUUCUUCAAUUGUAAUAAGUAUUGUUCUUAUCUUUCUUAUGAUUAUACCUGUUCAUAAUGCUGUAAAUGAGUUUUGUUUUGGGGGAAAGACGCGAUUGGACUUUUACUGUACGUGUUAAAUCUGUUUGAAGUAUUAAAGAGCGACAGAGUGAAGCUAUCUUAAAAGCGCUGUGAUUCAACACUGCAAGUCUCGUAGACUUUCAGGACAUUAACUUUCUUUCUUUCUUUCUUUCUGUGUUUUCUUGUUUCUUCUAACACCACUGUACCUAAGAGGGCACUUUAUUGAUCACAAACUAGGGUCAUGACACCUGUUUUUUUUUUUUUUUGUGAACUUGAAUGUGAUUAUCUAUUUUGUUCUUUUAAAAGCACUCGGUUCCUUGGUGCAAUAUCUCUUCCUUAUAAUCGGCCUGCUGCUAACAUAUCAGAUCACAGCUCGGCCCUACAGCUGAUCUGGAGUCAGUCUGGUUCGUCAGUGUGAAUCCGGAUCGGCUCUGUAGGAACGACUGGCUCUUUUUCUAUUUUCUUUCCCAGUCUUUUAUCUGUACUCCUCCCCACUCACACUUUUCGGGCCGCUGUGGCUCUGUAGAUUCGUGAUAAUAUUCUGAUUAUUGUUAUAAAUGACCCUUUCUCUUUUGUAGGGGCAGUUCUUUUUUUUAAUUGUUAUUAUUAUUGAUGAGGAACAUUUACUGUCUGGUUCCUGCUCACCACAAAACCUUGCGAUUCGUAUAACUUCGUUCGAAAUAAACUGAUAAAUGGAAUUUA